UACGACAGUUCCUGUCGGAAAACGGCGGGGAUGACAGUGUAUAUGAGAACAGCGUGGAAGAGAAUUAGUGCGGGAGUCAGAUCGCGCUUGUUUACUGGUUCAAACGCCUGUCACUGUGCGUUUAGACUCCCAGUUUCACCUUUUUCCGUGGUCGGGCCCCGUGGACUAGAAGCAGCCGCAGCAUUGACGACUGCUGCACCCCGGCUGCGCCCUGUUGUCACUUCCAAACCGAAAGCACCGAGGCUCCCGUUCCUUGCAUUUGAUCGCUUCCUUGCAGUAUCGCCAGCCAGCAACUUCAGUACAACGAUGACUGCUUCAACAACCUCCCCCAAGGAAAGCAUGGCUCAGAGACUGGUUUGGGUGGAUCUGGAGAUGACCGGACUGGACAUUGAUAAAGACGAGAUUAUUGAAAUGGCCUGUCUCAUAACAGACUCGGAUCUCAAUAUCAUUGCAGAGGGGCCGAACCUGAUCAUCAACCAGCCAGAUGAGCUCCUGGACGGCAUGUCAGACUGGUGCAAGGAACACCACGGAGAGUCAGGCCUGACCCAGGCAGUACGAGAGAGCAGGAUCUAUUUGCAGCAGGCAGAGUACGAGUUCCUAUCUUUCGUCCGGCAGCACACUCCCCCCGGGCUCUGCCCGCUAGCCGGAAACUCUGUUCAUGCUGAUAAGAAGUUUUUGGACAAGUACAUGCCUCAGUUCAUGCGUCACCUCCACUACAGAAUCAUUGAUGUCAGCACUAUCAAGGAGCUGUGCAGACGCUGGUUUCCAGAGGAGUAUAAUCUAGCACCCAGAAAGCAAGCUUCCCACAGAGCACUGGGUGACAUCCAGGAGAGCAUCAAGGAGCUCCAGUUCUACAGGAAAAGCGUCUUUAAAACGACCGCUGAGAAGAAACGGAGGGUCGUGGAAAACGGAGGGAGUGGCAAGACGGUGAGCUGAGGCCAGGGCGAGCAAUGGGAGAAAAGCAGACCACCCCAUUUGGAAUCCACUUGAAAUAGUCUAUUUGCACACCGUUCCUCUGGCACUGAAAUCAAUGAAAAUCUCACUCGCUGUGACAGCGUACAGCACCGUUAAACAGACUGCGUCACGCUUAGGUUCUCUUCCUUGUUUGUUUUGUAAUUUGUUCAGAGAUGAUGUGCGUUUUAGUUUCUAACCACAGGCUGUGUGCCCUGCAGAUUUCUAAGUUUUGCUUCUUGUUUUAGAACACAUCUGCUUUUAAAAGAAGAUCCUUUUUUUCUGCCUUUGUUCCAAAAUAAAUGUAUUAAGUUCC